UUUCCUUACUAUUUUGUGCCGCACUCAGGAACUAGCCAUUGCUAGGCUAAAACCCAUGAAGCGGUCCUACUUCGGCCAAAGAACAAGAAGCAAUCCCACCAUUCUCAGCGAAUGCAGUUCCCAAACUUUCAGGAUCACAGAAACCCAAGUGCUGGGAUCAGGAAGGGAUGCCCAGGACAUCCUUCGCAGCUUCCAGCUGUCCACGCUACAAAGUGGCUCUGAAUGCAUCAGGAUGCUGGUUAGAUGGAGCACUCGUUUCUGGCUCAUACAGAAGCAGUCUGCUUAAACUUAGCUGUGCCUUCGGAGUCCUGAAUCCUGAAUCCGUUGCGAUCCAAGGCGUAUCCUUUCCCGCGUUCCGAGUGCCACUCCUCAAUCUUCAAUGAUAAGCGCACCCACGCAGCACGCCUUAUCCAAAAUCUAAAAACGAUAUGUUCAAUUUACCCCAGAAAACAUUCGUGUAGCAUUCAUUCAAGAUACGCUUGAUUUUAGUGUAAACCAAUUCCUUUCGUUCAGUUGAAAAUUUUCACUGCUAAUGGGACGAUUCACAUCAUUCUUGAAGGUCUUUGGAAACAAAGGAAUAGGAGCUUUCCAAACACUUGUGACUCCAGCAACAUAAAAAGAAGGACCCGUUUCUCACCGGUCACCGGUCAUAAUAUCAUCCUGUGAGAGAUAAGCUGCCAAAUCGACCAUGUCACUCGUUUUGGCGGAUGCACCCAUAAUUGAUUUGGCGGAGGAUUUGGAGGACGGCGAGAUCGACGACGAUGAGGAGGAGGAGGAGCAGCAGCCGCCGCCGCCGCCAAAGAACCAAGCCCAAAAGAAGCCUUCCGUAGGGGACGACGAUGUGCAGUUUGUGGGUGUCGAGGCAAAGAACCAAAAUGCCGACGAAGAUGUCGUCUAUAUGGGACCAUCCACAGACUCUGGUGGCCCACAAAAUAGCAGCAGCAGCAAGUCAAAGAAGCCACGACCAUUGGAAGAUGACCACGCCAGCAGCAUUGAGAUGGCCAUUGCCAAUGCCCUCAAGAAGAAGGGCAUAGAACCGCCGAUGCCCCGCAUGCGCUCGUCCAACCAGGAUGCGGGCGAUGUGUGCUUGGAGGGAUCCGGGGAGGGACUAGCCGGCGGCGCAAAUCAUCUUCUGCAGCCAAGUCGCAGCAGCAGACGAAGGAAACGCAAAAAAGAACGCGAGCGCGAGCAGAAGAAAGACAAGGAGCACCAGAAGCGUUCCCGACGCGAAGAGGACGACGUGUCUGGAAUGCCAGGCGGCGUUGAGGACAUGGACGAAUAUGAGAUGAUGAACGUACGUGGCGGCAGUCCGCCACCAGGAGGAGUGGCACCACCCCUUUCCAGCUGCGGCCAGCGGUUCGGUGGCGCCGAUUGGGACAUGGACGAUGGGCCAGCCGCAACCGGAGCAGCUGGUCUUGGAGCGGGAGGCGGAGGAGGUUACGACUCCCAGCAGGAUCCGUACAGCAGCUAUGAUUCCUACUCCGAUGAGGACGCAAACGGGCCCAGCCUAAUGAACCAGCGCCGCCGGACUCGAAGAGAUAGGGAGAAGGAGCACCAGCGUGGCGGGAAUAAUCGCAAGCGAAGGGACCGCGAUCGCCAUGAGGGCAGCUUGGCUGGGGGCGGGAACAAGCGAAAUCGCCGCGAUUCCGGCGAUGGAGGAGGCGGCGGUGGACAGGAGAAGAUGGGCGGCGGCAGUCGCGUUGAGCCGCGCAAACUGGAGCUGUGCAAGUUCUAUCUGAUGGACUGCUGUGCCAAGCGGGACAAAUGCUCCUACAUGCACAAGGAGUUCCCCUGCAAGUACUACUACCUGGGGAUGGACUGCUAUGCCGGCGAUGCCUGCCUCUUCCACCACGGCGAGCCGCUGUCCGAGCAGCUGCGCAACAUCCUGCUGAAGCACAUGGAGACGGCUCCGAAGGAGAUCCUUGGCGACUUCAAGCGAAUAUCGCGAGACAUUGCCUUGGUGCAGAUGACGCGGCGACACGAACAGUUGUGCGAGCAAUUCAAUCGGGAGAAUACUUGGAGUUCGAUGGGCGGUGGCGGAAUGGGCAGGCGGCAGGACCAGCACAUGCAACAGCAGCAGCAGCAGCAACAGAUGCAGCAGCAGCAGCAACAGAUGCAGCAGCAGCAACAACAGAUGCAGCAGCAGCAGGAGCAACAGCAGACGCAACAGCAGCAGGCGGCUGCGGAGGGCGGUGGCUGCAUUCCCUCACUUUUGGACAUGGUCAUCAAUCCACCGCAUUCGGAGAAGAAGCGCAAGUCCCGCUGGACUGACAAAACGGCAGCAAGGACGGCUGCUGGAGCAGCAGUUUCCUUAGAAACAGAGUGCACAUCGCCGGACGCCAAACCACUUCCACCGCACUUGGACUUGGCCAAUCUCAGUCACGUCUUGAGUUCCGAAAACAUGGCCAAGCUGAACAAGUUGGGCAUUACGAACCUGGAGCAGAUGCUUCAAGUGCCGUUUGGCCAGUUAACCGAGGCUGGCCUAACGCUGGUCGAGAUCGGUGAGAUUCAGCGCAAGGCCGAGGACGCCAAGCCACAAACGCAAGCUGAAACGGAAAGCAGCACUCCACCCACCAAGCGGGAAACGGAGGCCAACAACAGCAACUCGAACAGCAACGGAUUCAUCAUGGUGGACUACACGCAGUACCUCAAGGAUGCACAUGUCAGCUUUUCGGGCAACGAUCCGCUGGACGAUGAUCGGGAUGACGACGAACAACUGGUCAUAGACGAUGGCAACGAUUCCACCGCCGAAGAGGAGCAGCAACCGAAGCAAGCGAAGCCACCGCAAGCCGCUUCCCAGGAUUCCGGCACAGAGGAGGCGCCCUUGCCUUCUGUUUUCGAUUUGCCGAGCUUCAUGAACAACAUGCUGGGUCAGGGAUCCUCGGCAAGGCAACUGCUGCCCGCCAGUGCCACCUCGCCCAAUCAGGAGAGCUCGCAUUUGCCUGGCGGGGAUCAAUUGACGCAUAAGUCCGCGCCCACCGGUUCAGGCACCUCCACCAACGUGCUCAGCCGGAUUCUGUUCGGCGACAAACAAUCUGACCCCGAGGCUAGGGCUGCUUUCUACCGCGACAUCAUACGCAAUCCCUUCAAGGCUCACAGUGGCGACGGCGACGUGGACUCCAGCAAUGAGAACUCCAAUUCCAAUUCGCAUUCGCUGACGCCCACGCCCACGCCAGAGCCAGGAUCCCAAUCCCCCAAGCAGGAGGACCAGGAUCAGGAGAUGCCCGAAUUGCCUGUCAUUACCACAGCGCUGCCGCCGACAACUCCUUCGCUCUACGUACGUCGUUCCAUGUACGAUUUCGAUCCCGUCAAGGAGCAGGAGCUUGGGCGACAGGAGCACCUUAUGGAGGAGAAGGAACAGUACCAGCGCGAUACAGACAUGCGACUGCCGUUCGUGCCGAUGAAACACUACUUGCCUGCCACCGAGAUCGACGCGGCGAUCUUCUCGCACACUCCGCUCCGCUGGCAGCUGCAGGAAGUGUCCGUGGAGCAGACCAGCUACGCCCAGAUUAGGGCCAGCGCCCUGCACAAGGAGCAGCGGGAUCUGCGGGACCCUCGAAUGCGUCGCAUUCUGGGCCUGCCGGAAAUGCCCGACAAUGGUGGAGCCUUGGGCUCCACGCCCAUUAUGGGCGCCAGCUCGUUAUCGGGUGACAACAGUGCGCGCUGCACUACGAGCAUCGCUUCCCCAGACUCUGAGACCACUGUUCGAGAUUCCACGCCCAGUUCGCCGCCCCCGUCCUUGGUCAACCUGCCGUCGAUGAGUGUGCCACCGCCGUCGAUGAGGGUGCCCCCUCCGAAUCUGCAGGUAGAGAAACCUGCUGUGCGGACAGAUCCACGUCGCGAUCCCCGGAGAGCCGCUCUGCAGGCUCAAACGCAAGCAGCUAGUACGGCGAACAGCACACCCGCUGCAGCGACCAAUGCCUCCGGCGGCAGCAAGCAAAUCUCGGAAAUCCGCAGCCUGCUGCAGGUUUCCAACUGGUACAAGAACCUCGGCAGCAACAACAAGAUCAUGGUGAAUCAACAGCUCGCCUUGGUGUUUACCGAGCUCAAGAAGUUCCAUCAGCUACCGAAUGAUGCGCCGAAAAUCUUCGACGUCAGCUUUAUAGUGAACAACACAACGUUGCAGCAGAUCUUCGCCAAGCUCUUUAUCUUCGUAGAUGACAAUGGGCAGGUGGUGCAGAUUCCCGAGGAGAACAACGGCAAUGGCGGCGGUGUUGGUGGCGCAGGAGAUUCAGGAGUAGGGGGUGGAGGUGUCGGAGUGGGCGGAGGAGGAGGAGGUGUUGUGCUUCCCAAUCUAUCGCAGCCACCACCAAACCUGAGCCAAAUGCUGAGGCAACCCCCGCCGAACAUGCAAAUGCUACGCAUGUCGGGAAUGAUGAUGCAAAUGGGCAACCUGGGACCCCCUUUCAAUCAGCCACCGCCACGAGGAGGCUUGCUGGGAAUGCCUCCGAAUGCCAAUGGAUUAAACCAGGGCGUGGGAAAUCCGGGAGGACUCGGCCAGAUGGGAAUGAACCAAGGAGGUGGAGGCGGCGGCGGAGGAGGAGGUGGACCUGUGCCCAAUGGCAAUCCCUUUAACCCAUUCGCCGGGAAUAAUGGAGGAGGAGCUGGCGUCAUGAACAACAUGAACAACAUGAAUCCCAUGGGGAACAUGGGCAUGGCGUUCAAGAACUUUAACAACGGCAGUAAUAACAACAACAAUAAUGGCGGAGGCAGAGGAGGCCACUUUCCGGGCGGAGGAUCGGGCGGAAACGGCAAUGGGAACAAUCGCAACCAGCGAGGCGGUAACCAGCGGAACCGCAACAUCUAAUCUAAUCCAAUCCAAUCGAAUCCAAUCCAAUCCAAUCCAAAUGCAAUGCGUUGUGUUGCGUUGCGAGCCACAACGCAAAAAGACUUCUUUUGCCAAAAUGAUGUUGAUGCUAUGCCCCUUGACCCCUUCUUCCAACCCAUAACACCCACACCACCCACACCAGCCACAUGUGGAAAACUCGUGGUUUUCUCCGCGCCUUCCCCGAAAAUCUAGGCCUGACUUCUUGUAAAUUGUAUUUUAUUCCCAAAUCCCCUUUAUUGUCACUAUUUUUUUCGCUAGGUGUAAAGGAUAAACCUUAUUAGCUAUACGAGGUACUGAUUAAUGUAGUUAAGAGUAAACAUAAACAACAAAGUAAACCGGAGUAAGAACAAAGAGUGAAGUAGAAUCGGUGUGUGCAGCCCUUUUUACCAAACUAUUUUAAAUAAUGUAGGAUAACCUGUUUCAUAGCGCGAGUACUACAUUGAUUAACUAGCCGUACGAACUCAAAAUAAAUGACAUCUUUUAAGUAA